AUGAAAUGCUUUGAACACAGUGCACCUUAUACUCUAAUUUGUUAAGUCAAGGAUUGCAACUAGAAAUUGUUGUGUAAUCAAUGUAUGAUCAAACAUAAUGCUCAACAUUAUCCUUUGAUUUAAAGUUUAUCUGAUAUGGAUUAUCAAAUUAAAUAGGUUCCAUAAUUGCUUGAAAAAGAUCUUGAUACUCUCAAAGCCAAAUUAUAUUCUAUUCAAAAUCAUAUGACAAUUGAAAAGGACUAACUUAAAAAAUAAUUGAUCAAAUUAUCUGAUGUUCUGAAAUCUCGAAUAAAUGCUGAAGUUGAUGAUUUUUGUUCUUCUGCUUUAGAAUAUACAAAUUCAUAUUAUAAAUAGUAUGAAACUGAUAUAGGCAGUUUGCUUGGAGUAAUAUCUGAACACUUAAAUAUGGUAGCUCCUUACACAACAAGAGUAAGACCAAUAAACGAAAAUUAAUUUGGAAUACUAAUGGAUUUUCAAGAAAAGAUGCUUGGCAAUAUUUUACCAACCUUAACAAAGAAGGCUGAAAUAAUUUCAAAACAAGUUCUAGAGAAUCAGUUAUAUAUGCGAACUGAUCAUUUUUAUGCAAUCGUUAAAACUGCUCUAGGAAAAGCAUUGUAGUCUUAUAAUUUAUUCAAGAAUAAUGAAUUUUAAAUAGAAUAAAAGAGAGCCAUGAAUUUACAAACUGAAUAGGAGCCAGAAUUAGUCAAAUCAGCAAUUUAUCCAAUGAGUGAAUUUAAAAGAAAUGCUAUAGAGUUAUUAAGAGAUCAUUAACAAUAAGAAAGAAAGUCUGUAAGAAUUUAUAAAGCAGAAGAAGGAUUUAAUCUACCCAAAAAUAGAAGUUCAGCAGAAAACAGUGGAACUAGAUAUAUUUAUGCAAAAGCAAUUAACACAGUAUUAAGUGGACAUACAGAUAUUGUGACUUGUAUUUGUAUAUAUUCUUAAUCUUCUUUAAUAUCUGCAGGAGGUGGAGGUAUUAUAAAAAUAUGGGAUAUUGAUGGAGGUUUGGCAUUGGGAUAGAUGAAUGAACAUGCAGGAGAUGUUUGGGCAUUAGUUAAAAUUAAUGAAAGUAAUUUUGGUAGUGCCAGUGCAGAUCAAACAGUGAGGAUUUGGAAUUAUUAAAGAAUGAUAUGUGAAAGUGUUUUAGUUGGACAUUUGCAACCUGUUAAAGCUUUAGUUUAUUUAAAAGAUUUAGAAUAUUUAGCAUCUGGAAGUUUAGAUAGCACAAUUAAAAUAUGGACAACAAAUAGGCCAAAGUUAAAACUCACUAUGUAAAAUAAUUAAAAAGUUAGAGCAUUAUGCUAUGUUUAAGCUAAGGGACUUAUAGUUAGUGGAGGUGAGAAUACUUUAAGUGUGUUUAAUAUAUUAAAUGGUUAUUGUAGAGAUUAAUUAGAAGGACAUACUGGAGAGGUGUUAUGUUUGAAAUAUCUAUAAGAAUCCUUAAUGGGAGAAUUUAUGUCAGUUAUUGCUUCUGGAGGAGCAGAUAAAAAAAUUAUUAUUUGGAAUCUUGAUAGAGGUAUUAAACUCCACAUUUUUGUUGGACAUUAAGAAGCAGUCACCUGCUUAACAUUUGAUAUUGAAAAUAGACAGUUAUGGUCAGGAGGAGCAGAUAGAACUAUUAGAUGUUGGGAUAUUGCACAAGGAAAAUCUAUCUUAACUGCAAAAAGACAUUCCGAACAAAUUAGUGCUCUUGAGUAUAUGUCUGGAAGAGAAUUAAUCAUAAGUGGAAGUUGGGAUCAUAGAAUAAGAAUUACAUAGCGAUCCAUUUUAAUGAAUUGA